CUUGAUAAGUGACCUUUGGAAAUCUUUGGUUUAAUACCAAUAUAAGUUGUUUAAUUAUGGUGUCAAUAAAAUGAAGCAAUGAAAGAAGUUUAUUUUUGAAAACGGAACGAAAGUCUAACUCAUUUUCCCUGUCGGAGUUUCACAAGAACAGGAAGUACACAAUGCAGGCGCUGCCUAUUAAAAGUGUUGAAAAAAAAAAAAAAAGCUCUAGGUAAGGAACUGUCUCAGACCAUGUGUUAGUUGAUGCUUCUAACAAUAUUUUUUUUUUGACAUUUACGCAUGAAGCAAAAAUGUCUUCUGUUGAGUGUUUGCGGGGUUUUGUGAACGAGCGUCUGACCGCUGCUGCUGAGGAAAUAUUCAGAGUUUUUAAAAGAACUAUCGUCGAGUAUGAAGAAGAGAUCGACCGUCAGCGCAGACUGCUGGGUGUCGUUUUAAAUCCCGAGAUAAAGCUGCACAGAAUAGAGCUCCCACAGCAACAUGUCUGUAAGGAGGUGGAGGUUCUCUCUGACCAGCUGCUCUGUAACCAGGAGAGGAACUCCAGUCUGGACCAAGAGGACCCAGAGCCUCCACAGAUUAAAGAGGAGCAGGAGGAACUCAGCACCAGUCAGGAGGGAGAGCAGCUUGAACUGAAGCAGGAGGAUGAAACAUCCUUGGGGACUCCGACUCGUGAAGAUUGCGACAACAGUGAACCAACGAAAAGACAUUGCCAAAACAACGGUCACUGCAACAAUGUGUACAUCCCGAACGUGCCACAUUUUCAGAUCAAUCCUCGCUCAGAGAAAAAAUGUAACAGCUGUGACACAUGUGGGAAAACGUUUAAGUAUAAGUCAAGGUUGCAGACACACGUGAAUGUCCACACAGAGCUCCCACAGCAACAUGUCUGUCAGGAGGAGGAGGAGGAGGAGGUUCUCACAGACCAGCUGCUCUGUACCCAGGAGAGGAACUCCAGUCUGGACCAAGAGGACCCAGAGCCUCCACAGAUUAAAGAGGAGCAGGAGGAACUCAGCACCAGUCAGGAGGGAGAGCAGCUUGAACUGAAGCAGGAGGCUGAAACAUCCUUGGGGAUUCCUCCUUAUGAGGAAAGUGACCACAGUGAUGCAGAACCAGACGGGGACAACCAGCUCCUCUGUCACAACUCUCAAGUUUCUGAGAACCAGAGAGUCAAGCCUGGAGACUUAAUAUCAACUGGGAAAUCGAAAUCCCCCGAAAAAAGAGCCAAAAGAAGAACUAACAAAUCUAAAAUAUCAACGAUUCACAACAAGCAGGCAGACACUGUGUCAAGUAGAAAUUUGAUAGGGACUGAAUGUAAUCCUCACACAGGCACAAAGGUCCUCGAUUGUGACGUAUGUGGGGAAGCUUUUAAGAACAACUCAGGGUUACAGACACACAUGCGAGUUCACUCCGGUAAGAAGACGCACACAUGCAAAACUUGUGGUAAAAUAUUCAGUUUUAAAAGUUUACUGGAAACACAUGCAAAAAUCCACACAUGUGAAAAGCCUUUUCCUUGUGAAAAAUGCAGCAGAUCUUUCAGAUUAAAAGGUGAAUUGACCGCUCACACGAGGACACACACAGGUGAGUAUCUGUACUCCUGCUCCUCCUGUGGAAUAGGAUUCAUUAGAAGGGACGGGUGGCUCACCCACAUGGGAAUUCAUGCAGGAGAGAAGCCACACACUUGCAAAAUAUGUGGGAAAAGUUUCAGCAGUGAUUGUAGUUUGAAAGGCCACAUGUCAACCCACGCGGGUGCAAAGCCUCACUCCUGCAAAACAUGUGGGAAAGGUUUCUUUCUGAAGUCACAGCUGACAACACACUUCAGAACUCAUACUGGUGAAAAGCCAUUUCCUUGCGAAAAAUGCAGCAGAUCUUUCAGGUUAAAGGGGGAAAUGACGGCUCACAUGAGGACACACACAGGUGAGUAUCUGUACUCCUGCUCCUCCUGUGGAAAAGGAUUCAUGCGAAGGGACGGGUGGCUCAACCACAUGAGAAUUCAUACAGGAGAGAAGCCGUACACUUGCAAAAUAUGCAGCAAAUCUUUCAAUGCAAGAGGUAACUAUUUAAACCACGUGAGAAGACACACAGGUGAGAAGCCGCACUCCUGUCUCACCUGUGGAAAAGGAUUUUUUCUGAGGCACGAUUUAAUGACUCACAUGCGAAUUCACACUGGGGAAAAGCCGUUUCAGUGCACGAUCUGUGGCAAAUCUUUGCGAGAUAAAAAAAGCUUGAAAGACCACAUGAUGAGACUCCACAAUUCCAUGGAUCAGCCCUAACAUUGGGACCACCUGCCUAAUGUUGUGUACUCAAGAGUCUCGUCAGGUCGUGGUCAAAACUGCCGUAAUCUGUUGAGACAUGGACUUCACUUGAGCUGUAAAGGUGUGCUGAGGUAUCUGGCACCAAGAUGUCAACGUAGAUCCUUGAAGUCCGGCAAGUUGUGCGGCUCAGUCUACAUGGAAGUCAGAAACCUUGAACUUGUUUGUCAAAAAGUGUUACUUCACCUUUUCCAUGAGAUAAUUUUCAAUUUAAGUCAGGGGCAGAAUAUAUGCUGUGUGUUCAUCAGUGUAACAACAAAUCUAAUCAGGGUUAAUGAUGAGAACAGAAAGGCUACUGCCCAUAAUCUCUUACCAACACAAUACAGAAUAAAAAACACUCUUACCCUGAUUUAAUGGAAGUCAAACUCUUGUAUUAUUCCAUAGUAUUCCUGGAUUUUCUGUUCCUUUAUACAUGUGUGUGAGCAAGCAAAAGGAGCCACUAGCUGGACUUGAACCUGGGCCGCCCACUUGGCGGACUAUAGCCUCUGUAGAGGGGUCAUGACCUAACCACUAGGUCAUCUGCGCCACAAUAGAUUUCUUUUGGAUUCUAACAAAUUGUCAUGAUUGUUUAUUUAGUUG